GAGUGGCCCAUCAAUACUGUGACCAAGCACAGGAGCUCAACACACACCCCUAACUCUAAUCGCAAGCAUCUCGAUUCCGGGAAGUCCUGCAACACCUCGAACCCUCGGCCAGUUCCCACCUUCUCAGAUCAAAACAAGGGCACUAAGGGCCUUCUGUCCGGGUUUAAAGUGGACCUAACACCGCCUUACUUUAUUGACAUGGGAGACAUGGGGGAUCCGCCAAAAAAAAAGCGUCUAAUCUCGUUGUGUGUCGGCUGUGGGAAUCAAAUCCAUGACCAGUAUAUUCUGCGCGUGUCCCCGGACCUGGAGUGGCACGCGGCGUGUUUGAAAUGUGCAGAAUGUAACCAGUAUCUGGACGAGUCCUGUACGUGUUUUGUGCGAGACGGAAAAACUUACUGUAAACGGGAUUACAUCAGGUUAUACGGGAUCAAAUGUGCUAAAUGCAACAUCGGUUUCAGCAAGAAUGACUUCGUGAUGAGAGCACGCUCGAAGGUUUAUCACAUUGAGUGUUUCAGAUGUGUGGCGUGUAGUCGGCAGCUCAUCCCAGGAGAUGAGUUCGCUCUGCGGGAAGACGGGCUCUUCUGCAGGGCCGACCAUGACGUGGUGGAGCGGGCAACAAUGGGUGCUGGUGACCCAUUAAGCCCAUUACAUCCGGCGAGACCUUUACAAAUGGCAGCAGAGCCCAUUUCGGCACGUCAGCCUGCGCUUCGACCUCAUGUGCACAAGCAACCUGAGAAAACAACCCGCGUCCGGACAGUCCUCAACGAAAAACAGCUCCAUACCUUGAGGACUUGUUACAAUGCCAACCCUCGACCCGACGCCCUCAUGAAAGAGCAGCUCGUUGAGAUGACGGGUCUCAGCCCGAGAGUCAUCAGGGUUUGGUUUCAAAACAAGCGCUGCAAGGACAAAAAGAGGAGCAUACUGAUGAAACAACUCCAGCUGCAGCAACCCAACGACAAAACGAACAUCCAGGGGAUGACAGGGACUCCAAUGGUGGCGACCAGUCCAGAGAGACACGACGGUGGUUUGCAGGCAAACCAAGUGGAGGUGCAGAGUUACCAACCGCCUUGGAAAGUCCUGAGUGACUUCGCACUGCAGAGUGACAUCGACCAGCCUGCUUUCCAGCAACUGGUGAAUUUUUCUGAAGGAGGGCCAGGCUCGAACUCCACGGGGAGCGAGGUCGCCUCAAUGUCCUCGCAACUGCCUGAUACACCAAACAGCAUGGUAGCGAGUCCUAUAGAGGCCUAGGCGAGUGGAUUAUCUCCUGCACCUGAAGUUUGGCAAAGGACGUGCCGGGAACCAAUCUCAGAGAGAGGCUCGUGAAGUUUCUUCCAUCCCUAUUUCGUUUAGGGCCGCUCCUGAAUAAAAUCCAAAACUGCACGAGGCCUCUAUAUCGAAACAACCCUUGGUUGUAUUUAUACACUGUGAUGACAAUCAUGGGAUUUAAACACACUCCAACCGAGCGAGUCCAACGAGUGUUGCGAAAAGACCAUUUAAAGUUGCAAAAUCCUGCGAAAGUGGACCCAGCCGGCGCACAUAUUCACACACCGAACCUGACAUGAUGAUUGCAGUGCUCCGCGGCCGAGUGGACCUGGUCGUUGACACUUUUGCCAAAUACCCCUCCAUGUUUUUUUUCAACUUUUAUGACAAAUCAUUGGACCUCUAUACGGAUAUAAGAGAACUUAAUCUAAUAUACAUUCAUAUAGCCUACUUUUGUGCGCAACGUGAGUAGCCUAUAAUGAAACCAUGACUGUUUAUUCUGUUUCUAUAAAAGAUCGAAAUGGACUAGAAAACUGAAAGAGGGUAUGGCAGCCGAGGUCUACUGCGAUUACCGUUUUGUUAUAUCACAAAUGGUCUCGUUUCAAACAUCAAGCCCAAGUACUAAAGCAUUGCAACAAGGUAUACCUCUAUUUUGCCACAAGCUGUGUGGGAAUUUCAUGUGUUCGUGUCCGUCCAAGAACUUUUUUCUUUCCCAAAGAUGUGUAUAGGUUUAAGUUAAGUUAAUAUGACUGAUUAGCUCUGGAGGUUUCGUUUUGUUCAUGUAUUACAGAAUAUUUUAUUAUUUAUUGUCGAAAGACAUGCCACUGUUGUGUACUUUUAGGCUACUUGCUGAAGAAGUAAAAAGGAGGAAAAGAAUAUUGUCGACUCCGAAUGAUCGAUCAUAAUUGACGUGUCCUGUCGUUUGAUCAAGACUGCUGUAAGAACAACGCCAUAUGUAGACUUAUCUUCAGGAAUAUUUGAUCAAUAAACAUUUGACGUGUACUGUAAGUAAACGCUCGGACACGCGGGGCUUUCUUAAAUGUUACCAUUUUUGUAGCUUUUAUGUUUCUCGCAUGACAGUUUGAGUGUUAGUCAUUGUAAUAUAUCACGCGAAAAUAAGGAGAUUAGGUAAGAGACAACAAAUCAGUUCUGGUUUGAUCAAAUAAUGUGGUUAACGGCACUGCAGGCCAACGCACUCUUA